AUGGACGCCCUCCAGGAAACUCUUCGCCCGCUCCUCCAACCCAUUACACACAAUCUUCCGGGUCCCAUCAAUGACCUCGCCCUCUCCCUCCUCGGCGAGCAGUGCCACACCUCACUCGUUCGCGACAUUACCCUCACCGAUGACGUCUGCCUGAAACUCGCCGUCUCUAAGGCCCUUGGCCUCGCCAUUGUCGCCGCCGCCUCCAUCGUCAAGGUGCCGCAGAUCCUGAAGCUCGUCUCCUCCAAGUCCCCCGCCGGCGUCUCCGUCCUCUCCUACGCCCUCGAGACGGCCGCCUACGUCGUUUCGCUGGCCUACAACUACCGCAACGGCUUCCCCUUCAGCACGUACGGCGAGACAGCCCUCAUCGCCGCCCAGAACGUCGUCAUCACCGUUCUCGUUCUCAACUAUGCCGGCCGCGCGCCUCUCGCCGCCAUCUUCGUCAGCGCCCUGGCCGUCGCCUUUGGCAGCCUCUUCACGGAUCAGUUCGUGGGCAUGGAGCAGCUCUCGGUCCUCCAGGCCGGCGCCGGCGUCGUCGGCGUCGCGAGCAAGAUCCCCCAGAUCCUCGCCAUCUGGCAGGAGGGCGGCACCGGCCAGCUGAGCGCCUUCACUGUCUUCAACUACCUCGUCGGCUCUCUGACGCGCAUCUUCACCACCCUCCAGGAGGUCGACGACAAGCUCAUCCUCUACGGCUUCAUCGCCGGCUUCGCCCUCAACGCCGUCCUCGCGACCCAGAUGGUGUACUACUGGAACGCCCCUUCGGCCAAGGCCAAGGGCAAGCGCAAGGCCGACCCCGUCUCGUACGCUGCGGCCGCCACGCCCUCGCCUGCGGGCUCCGCGAGCGCGACGCCCACGAAGAAGGGACCCUCGACCCGCCGACGGGGCUGA